AUGAACGCUUCGACGCGGGUUCGCGCACUCUGGCGAGAGUUCGAGCAGUGGGUCGCCAAUGUCCCUCGCGCCGCUGUCGAAAACAACAUCCAAACCAAAUUCAAGGAGUUUGACUCCCAAUACAUGACUGCCCGGCCAGCAUCACGGCCCAGCAAGGAGGAGCACGAGCGCAAGAAAGUCAAACUACGGCGAGAGCUUGAAAACGAGAUGAUUGCGCUUGUCCGCGAAGAAUGGGCUAAACGAAUGGAAACCGCCAAGUUGUCAGACGAAGACUGGGGGCAGAUGAGUGAACGAGAACAGCCAACGACCUCAAUGGUUCCAUACAUCGAGCCGCCCCCCAGUCUUUCUGCGUCAUCGUCGGAGUAUUCGUUUGUCAGCCCCCUAUCGCUUGUCCUCGACGAUGAAAUCGAGGAGCAUGGCUUCGAGUCAAUCUCCGCUCUUGACACGAUCGACCGUUCGCGCCCACGCGUGCCUGCCUCGCAAACCCACUCUCUCGCCUCCUCGGUCGCAUCAGUCUUCGAAUCAGCUCGUUCACCCUCUUCUGCCUCCGCAUGGUCUUCGCCAUCACCCUCUCCAUCCCCAUACGGAAUCUGGUCAGUCUCAGCGGCGACCAGUCUGCAAUCCUCUCGAGAACCAUCCCAGUCUGGCUCGCCGGAGCAAAUCUCCAAACCUAUGCCCUUGUUUGAUGCACCGCCACACUCUCGUCGACCUCCUGCCCCGACAUCCACGGGUACAAGCAGAGCUGGUGGUAGUGGCAGUGCCGGCCCACGCUACAUUGGCCCAGAGCUUGUUGGAUCGGACUCAGAGACCGACGACGAGGCGUUCUAUCAUGCGCCAGCUAUAACAACCAAGCCUGUGAAUGGCAAAGGCCGCGGCAAAGAUAAAGCUCCUGCCUCAUCUAGCGACAACGCUGCUCCCCUGACCCUAUUAUCGAUGUCGGAAGCCGAGGCCGAAGCGGAUUUUGAGCGGUUCAAAAUGGCCACUCGCGCUGCGAAGAUUCGUGAAUUUCAUAUAGAGGCCGCAGAGUUGGAUGUGCAGCUUGCCGAGACCCUCUAUGGACUGCGAUCUGGCGCAGCACAUGAAAAAGAAGAAGAAGGGCGGAGAAUUGCCGAGCAUGAGGGGAAGAUGUAUGCUUUGCGCCGGGCCAAGGAGGAGGAGCGGAAAGAGCUUGUCAAGGUCGAACGAGCAAGACGCCGAGCAGUGCUGAAGGAGCAUUCAGAGAGAGAGAGAGCACAGAAGCUAGAGGAGGAGGUUAGAAAGAAGGUCGAGGAGUCGCGAAAGAAAGAUGAAGAUGAUUUAAGGAGGAGAGAAGCUGAGGUUCGCAAGAGGGAGGAGGAAUUAAAGAAAAGAGAAGAGGAGGCAAGGGCAAAGGAGGAGAAGGCCAAGGCCAAACCAGCGCCAAUACCAGCAACACCUGUACAGACAGCCGCAGCCGGGAAAAAGAACAACAAAAAACUAACCAAGACACAACAACAAGCUCAAGUCCAGGCGCAGGCGCAGGCCGAGAGCUUGCGGGAGCGAUUAGAGGGUGAAGUCGAAGCCCGUCUCAAGGCUGAGAAGGCUAAACAGGAGGAAAAAGAGCGCGAAGACAAAUUGCGCGCGGAAAAGGCGCUGGCCGAGAAAGAGCGAAUGGAGGCCGCUAAACGCAAACCUAGGCGUUCUAGUAACGCCACCACUCUCUCUGAUGCGACCGACUCAUCGAAACGGUCUGUCAAGACCGCCAGCUCUCCUCCCAAGAAUGCGGAACUUGAUCCACUCAUGCCGGGCGGUUUCGAUUUCGGUAGUUCUGACUCUCCGUCGACUUCUUCACGCCCAAUGUCGGUUGCAUCCACUGCCCCUUCUUUAUCAUCUCGCCCACUUUCGGUGGCGUCAUCAAUUUCCGCCACGUCCUACCGUCCUGAUCCACAGCCCCAGCCCCAAUUAUGGGUGCCCUCUGAUUCGGCGAUCCCAGCAACGCCGGUGGUGGCCAAGAAGCUUCCGUCCCUAGUCGACAAUUUCGACUACGAUUCGGAGCCGUCUGAUGAAUGGAAACGGACCAGACAAGCGAAAAUUGCGCAAGGAUUCGCCUCCAUGGUCGACGCGGCGCGUGUUCAGUUUGAAGCGGCCCUGGCAGCAAUUCGUCAUCCACAAUCUUCGGCAGCUUACCAACGCGCCAAGGAUGAAUGUGUUGCUGAGUGGAAGAAGUCGACGGAAAAUAUCAACAGGUUCGCCAACGAGGAAUAUUUGCGUGCCGUCGACGAGGAGCGAGUUACACGAAAGCUGAUGCGGGGGACGAUGAAUGCGAGUCCGGUGACGAUGUUCAAGCAGAAUGCUCUUGUCGAGGAACAACAAGCAAUCUUGGCGGCGAUCCAACGUGAUGGUGCCCUCCAACCACAAACAAAAAAGCUGGAGUCGCAGGCGACCCUCCGGCCCGGACGGGCCGCCGCGAUGGCGGCAUUGGCUGCUUUGAACGCGGACACUAGCACCCCGACCCCAGAAGCGCAAAAACAACAAGUGGAAAUUCCACCUGAGACACCUCGGCCAAGAACACGUGCUGCAAGCGUCUCAGUUACGGGCAAGUCGAGUUUGGCACUACCCACAGGAGCUUCGUCAACAAUGAAGUCAGCAAAGUCGGGCAGCGCUGUUCCCGCGACAAUUUCAAAGACCUCUCAGAUCUCGGGUAAACUGGACACGGUUUCGCCCACCGUACUCCCACAAGCGUCCGGUGUUUCGAAGGCCUCGCAACAGGCGCAGACCAUCAAGACGUCCGUUUCGACUCUUCCCGAGCCACCGAAAAUCAGCCCUGCGAAACCAACUUUCGCUUCGGCAAAAUCGGCACCAGUUGUGGCUAAACUGUCCACUCCAGCGACUGUUGGUGCUGUAAAACCGAUGUCGUCUGCGUCGAAAGCCGCCGCCGAAUCAGCCAAACUCGCUCAGGCAAGCAAGCCGGCUGUGAUUUCGUCGGCAUCGAAGCAGGCCCAGCAAGGCGUUGCGUCCAAGCAGGCGCCUCCCAAGACGGCUGUUUCGACCACAUCGUCGAGUUUGCCCUCGUCAAAAUCCGCUUCUUCAACGUCGUCAUCUGCCUCCGCGUCCAAAACCAGCCUCGCUUCUCCUCCGGUCACAACCGCGACUUCGCGGACCGCUCCCGUUGAAAUUGAAACACCUGGCGCGAGCUCGUCACGGACGACACUGGAACAAAUGCACCGUCCGCUGCUGCACAAGUCGCUCGGCAGUUCCGGUAUGGGCAUGGGCAUGGGGAUGGCCCCGCCACCACCCGUUCCUUCAGGCAAGGAAGUUUGGUCAUCCAGCAGCGCUAGUGCUGCCGCGGCCAAAACACUGAAAGCCUCCGGAAAGCCGGCCGACAAACCUGCAACACAGCCGCCCAGCAAAGUGUCUUCACGGCAACCCUCGUCAGCUGCGCCACCAAAAGCCCAAUCACAAGGAAAGGGCAAGAAGAAGGCGACGGUGGAGGAGGUGUCGGACGAUGAGUCAUCAGAGCAGGAUGUGCUACCACACGACUCGCGGUAUAUUUUCGAGCCCAAGCCAAUUGCGGGGGGGCCACAGCAGGUGGCCGAUCUCGAGAUGAUGGCGGCGGCGGCAGAAGAAGAGAGCUCGCUGGCCAUCCUCGAUGGAAGGGGUAACAAGACCCAAGGCAGGGCGAAGGGCAAGGGCAAAGGCAAAGCGGCGAGCGUCAGCGGCGAGCCUGAAUUGACGGAGGACGAGUUUGCCGAGUUUGUGAUGGGGGCGACACAGGACCUGCGGCGCAGGUAA